AUGGCCAACAAAGUCGAACGCAUCGUCGCCCGGCUGCAGGAAAAGAUUGCCGAGGGCGACUACUACGAAGCGCAGCAGCAGACGCGCGUCGCCGCCUCGCGCUACAUCAAGGCCCAGAACUGGCCCGCGGCCAUCGACGUGCUCUACAGCGUCGCGCAGUCGCUGCUCAAGGCCGCGCAGGGCGGCAGCGGCGGCGACCUCUGCGUCAUGAUGGUCGACGUCUACAAGCAGGCCGAGCUCAGGCCUGACGCUACCAGCAAGGGCCGGCUGCUGACGUGCCUGCGGCUGUUUGACCCCGCGGAGCCGACGAGGAAGAAGUUUAUCGCCGAGAGCAUGGGAUGGUCGUCCAAGUUUGGCGAGUACCCUGCCGGCGACCCCGAGCUGCACCACGUCGCCGGAUCACUAUACGCAGAGGAGCACGAGACGUACGAGGCAGAACGACACCUGAUAUUGGGGACCAAGGACUCUCCAGAAGUGCUCCUCAAGAUGGAAUAUGCCUGGUACAGAGAAGGCGACGCCCACCUGGCACCGCACUUUGCCGCGCGGGCCAUCCUCCCCUACCUCCUCGUCGGCAACGUCCGCGCCGCCAACACCUGCUACCGCCUCUUCAUCAGCGCCCUCACAACCGACAACCCGUCCCUCGGCGUGCAGGACGUCUCCAGCGCCACGUGCGACGCCCGCAUCUUCCCCAGCCUGCCGCUGCUCAACUUCCUGGGCCUGCUGCUCCUGGCCAUCCAGCGGGGGGCUCCCGAGGUCUACAAGGGCCUGGUGUCCAAGUACGCGACGCAGAUUGACGAGGCCGAGGCGUGGGCGGAGCCCCUGGAGAUGAUUGGCGAGAUGUACUUUGGCAUCGCAAAGCCGCGACAGAGCAACCCCCUGAUGGACAUGAUGAGCGGGCUGUUUGGCGGAGGAGGCGCCGCGCCGCCGCCGCAGACACGGCGGCCGGGUUUGCGUGGAGCGGAAGCUCCCGCUGCUGAAGGACUAGACUAG